GGGAGAAGAAAUGUCGAUGUAUAAAGUGAGUGUAGUUCUCUCUCUUUUGAUCGUGUGUUUGGGUGUCGAUGCUAACCUCCUAAAUCUCUGUGAAGAAUGUCCGCCCUGUGUCAAUGGGAAAUGCCCACCUUGUAUUAAGAAACCAUGCUCUCCGCCCCCAUCAAUCCCACCACCACCACCCCCCAGGAAUUCUUGCCCUACUCAGGUGUGUCCACCUUGUGUCAAGGGGAUUUGUCCACCUUGUAUUGGUAAGCCAUGCCCACCACCACCACCACCACCUCCUCCCCCUAAAGUAACUCCUCCUCCUCCACCACCAGUUCCAGUUCCAGCUCCUCCACCCAAGGGAACUCCACCACCUGCUCCAGUUCCAGCACCACCUCCCAAACAAACCCCACCACCACCAGCUCCAGUUCCAGCUCCUCCACCCAAGGAAACUCCACCACCUCCAGCUCCAGUUCCAGCUCCUCCACCCAAGGGAACUCCACCACCUGCUCCAGUUCCAGCUCCUCCACCCAAGGAAACUCCACCACCUCCAGCUCCAGUUCCAGCUCCUCCACCCAAGGAAACUCCACCACCACCUGCUCCAGUUCCAGCUCCUCCACCCAAGGAAACUCCACCGCCUGCUCCAGUUCCAGCACCACCUCCCAAACAAACCCCACCACCACCAGCUCCAGUUCCAGCUCCUCCACCCAAGGAAACUCCACCACCUGCUCCAGUUCCAGCACCACCUCCCAAACAAACCCCACCACCACCAGCUCCAGUUCCAGCUCCUCCACCCAAAGAAACCCCACCACCACCAACUCCCGUUCCAGCUCCUCCACCUAAGGAAACUCCACCACCGGCACCAGUUCCAGCACCCCCACCCAAAGAAACCCCACCACCACCAUCUCCAGUUCCAGCUCCUCCGCCUAAGGAAGCUCGACCACCUCCACCAACCCCAGUUCCAGCCCCGCCGCCUCAAGAAGAUCCAGAAUGCUCAACUCCAGCUCCAGCUCCCCCACCCACAAAGUUAGAUGGAAUCAUUCAGAGGAAGAUGCUGCAGCGUCCAAGCACCAACUAGAAGAGGCUUUACUCCCCCCUUAAUAUGUGCUAUGUUCUAAUGUAACCAUCCUUGCUAAUAAAUUAAUUAUCUAUGUGUCCUCAUCAAGGUUUGAAAAUGGGUAAACACCCCUAUUUUCCAGAA